AUGUUUAAACAGCUGUCACAAAUUGGUAAGAACCUUACUGAUGAAUUGGCCAAGGGUUUAGCCGAUGACAUGAACCCUACCUCGUCGGAACAACAAAUUGAAGACGAUAAAAGUGGCUUACCAAAAGAAGUACAAGCUAAACUAAGAAAGUUUGAGAAGUAUGAACAGAAAUAUCCUUUGCUACUUUCCGCUUACAAAAAUGAGAAAUUAAAAUCGGAGAAGUUUGAGGCUGUCGAAAAGAUUUUAGCGGAAAAUACACCCAUAUCGAAUAUUGAUGAUGCAGUGGAUACGUUGCCAGCUUUUUUCCAAGAUUUAAACAACAAAAAUAACCUAUUGAAUGACGAGAUCAAGAGAUUAACUAAGGAGAAUUCAGAAGUGGUGCCGGAGAGCACCUCUAGUGAAACUCUAAAAGGCAAGGAAGAGGAAUUCUUGAGAAAAGAGCAAGAUUAUAAAAAUGAAAUUGAUAGUCUUAAAAAUAAAAUGCAAGCUUUGGACAUAGAAAUGGAUACUUUACAGAAGGAAAAGAAUGACACCGUUUCAGGUUUGAGGGAAAAAAUAGCUGAACUGGAAAAUAUGCUAAAGGAAGAAAGGGAGGCAAAAAAGCAGAAAGAGGAAAUUUCUAUAUCCGAAUUAAAAGAGGAAUUGGGUAUCAAGGAACAUUCCCUUAAGGACAGUCAAAUGAAGAUAACUGAAUUGGAGCAGAAUUUGGCAUCAAAUAAUAAUAUAAUCGAGGAGAAGUCCUCGAAGUUGGCAGAGCUAGAUAUUUUCUUGAAAGAGAAGGAGCGGAAGAUAAGUGUAUUGGAAAAGAAAAUGAAAGAGCCACCGAAGGCCAUGAUAUCUAAUCAAAAUGUAGGGAACAAUAACAGAAGGAAAAAGAAUAGAAACAAGGGGAAGAAAAACAAGGGAAAUGUGACUGUAGGUGAUGUCAGUGAGGAGGAAACGGUCGAUAAUUUAAUCAAUACCGAGGAAUAUGAUAAACUUAAGGAAAAUAUGGAAGCCUUACAAGAAAAACAUAAAGAUUGUGAAGACUGGAAACAUAAGUAUGAGGAAGUAGAAACAGAACUAAAGAAUGUUAAAGAAUUGGAAAACUCACGGCUCGAAAAAUCGGCAAAGGAACAGGAAACCCUCAACUUUGAGUUGAUCGAAACCAAAAAGUUACUGAAAGAAAAGAAUUUGGAGUUAGAAGAGGUAAGAGACAUGCUGAGGACUGUAGGCAAUGAGCUUGUGGAUGCAAAAGAUGAGAUAAAAGAAUCUUCGAGUAAACAGAAUGAAGAGGUAAAAGCCGUUAAGCUGGAACUUGAUGAUUUACGCCAUAAAAAUGCAACAAUGAUUGAGGCCUAUGAAGCUAAAAAUACUGAAUUGAAAAAUAGGAUAGAAUCAUUGAGUAAGAAAGUAGAGCAUCUGAAUAAUUUAUGUACCGAAAAAGAGAAAGAGCAAACUACAUUGAAGAACAAGGUAGCCAAAUUGAAUGAGGAGAUAUCUCAACUUACAUCCGAAAAAUCAAACAUAACAAAGGAACUUGCUUCCUUAAGAACCUCUUACAAACAAAAGGAAAAAACUGUGGGUUACUUGGAGGAACAGGUUAAACAAUUUAGUGAGCAAAAGGAUGCGGCCGAAAAAUCAACAGAGCAACUGAGAAGCGACCACGCUAAAAUUUCUAACAGACUAGACUUACUAAAAAAGGAAAACGAAACAUUGCAUAAUGAUAUCGCAAAGAACAGUAAUUCCUACGAAGCAUAUUUGAAAGAAAAUGGUAAAUUAUCGGAAAGAUUGAAUAUCUUGCAAGAAAAAUACAAUACCUUGCAAAAUGUGAAGAGUAAUUCAAAUGAGCACAUCGAUUCUAUCAAAAGACAAUGUGAGGAAUUAAAUGUUAAGUUGAAGGAAUCUACGAAGAAAAUUUUAUCUUUAGAGGAUGAGCUGAAUGAGUAUGCCAAUAUUGUCCAAGACAAAACCAGGGAAGCCAACACUUUGAGAAGAUUAGUCUCGGACAGUCAAGUUGAUGAUUCGAGUAAACAAAAGGAGUUGGAGAAUAAAUUAGCCUAUCUGACGGACGAAAAAAGUAAACUGGAAGCAGAAUUAAACUUGCAAACAUCCAGGAAGGCCAGUGAAGUACAAGAAUGGAAGCAUACAGCUGCCGAGUUGAAAUCAGAAAUACACGCUUUAAAGCUUCGUGAAAAGGAACUAAAAUCAGAAGUUGAGGCAUUGAACCAUGCUAAUAAUGACAUCAAACGCAAAACUCAAGCCACUUCGGAUGAUUCCGACCAGUUGGAACAGAUCACAUCUAAUUUAAAACUUACAUUGUCUAAGGCUGAUGAAAAGAAUUCUGAAUUACAAUCGACCAAUGAGAAACUUUUGAAUUUGAAUAAUGAACUUAACAAGAAAUUUGAUCGACUGUUAAAGAAUUAUCGUUCUUUGUCCUCCCAAUUGAACGCCAUAAAAGAAAGACACCACAGCGAAAAUUCAGGAAGGGUUAGUAGGUCUGGUUCUCUCGGUUCUCUAGCGAACGCGAAUAUUAAUUCCUCAUCAGCCAGUAAUUCUAAUUUGACCAAAUUAGAGAAUAUACGAUCAUCAAGUCCAUUAGAGUUAGACUCCGAGAAAAAUGAAAAAAUUGCAUAUAUAAAAAACGUUCUGUUGGGAUUCUUGGAGCAUAAGGAACAACGGAAUCAAUUGCUGCCUGUAAUUUCCAUGUUGUUGCAGUUGGACAGUACUGAUGAAAAAAGACUAGUUAUGUCUCUGAAGUAA